AUGAAUAUAAGAAUUUCAUAUGUUGUACAAAUACUUUUAAUAACCCUUUUAAGAAGCUACUCUUACAAAUUAAGUUAUAUUAACAAGUCAUAUUUUCAUAAAAAAAAUAAUAUCAUUGAAAAUGUGAGCUACUUGAUAAAAAUUACUAGCCUUAAAAAUAUAACAUCUCAUUUUCCGUUAAAAAAUAAAAAAAAUUAUUUAAAUUUACUGAAAUUUGGGGUGAAUAAUUGGGAGGACAAUAGUGAUAACAAUGGAAAUAAUAGUGGAAAAAAUAUAAGAACAAAAUGCUCUAUAAAAUGUUUUGAAUGCUCUAGUAAAAAUUUCAGUCUGGACCAAACACACAACAUUGGCCUUACACAUAUAUUUUAUAAAGAAAAAAAAUAUUCAUUUUUUAAACCCUCGAAGCGCCCACUGUAUUAUAUAUAUAUUGAUAAAUAUAAAAGGAGUAUAAUAUACCAAAAGAAUAUAUUAGCAAAAUUAGUCAUAUAUUCUGCUCAAAAUAUGUAUUUUUAUAAUAUUUUUUUAGAAAUAAUUAAAAUUAUAGAAAAUACAUUACAUAAGAAAAUAUAUAAUAUAAAUAUAAAAGAGGAAUUUAAUAAAAAGAAAGAUGAUAUUGUAGAUAUGCUUCAUGAUAUUUACAAAGAUAAAUAUUUAAAUACAAUUUAUGGAAAAAGAAAAAAAUGUAGCAAUAAUAGUGAAAAUAAAAUCAAUCUUCUUUUUAUUGGAAGCAAUGAAUUCAGUUCUUUAUGUUUUAAAAUAAUUUUAUUAAUUAUAAAAGUGUUAAGAAAUGAUAUUGUUAUAGAAAAUGUUAUCACAAAAAGCCCCCAAAAAAAGGGAAGACAUUUACUUAUAAAUAAUUCUCCAAUAGAAGAGGAUGCUAAACAAAAUAAAAUAAAUGUUUUUUAUUAUGAUAAGUUAAAAAAUAAUAUAUAUUUGUUAAAAAAUAAACAGUUUAAUCUAGGUGUAAGUAUAUCUUUUGGGGAAAUAUUUAAUACUAAAUUUUUUAAAACAAUCAAUACUAAUAUAUACACUUUACAUCCAAGUUUAUUACCAUCAUAUAAAGGUGCAUCACCUAUUCAAAGAAGCUUAUUAAAUAACGAAUCUUUAUUUGGUUAUACUAUAUUUUUAACAAAAUUAAAAAUCGACUCUGGCACUUCUUUAAUAAAAAAACAAUUUCUAUUUAAUUCCCAUUUUAAUUUUAACGAUAUAAUAACUAUCAUGUUUACAUAUGGAAUAUUACAUUUUAUGAAAAAUAUAUUUUUUUUGUCAAAUCUUAAAUUAUAUGAACGUGACUCAACUUCAUUUUCACAAGCAGACGCUGAUACUAAAUAUCCAGAGCAAAAAUACGAUCCUCACAGUUACUAUUAUAACAAUCACAAUGACAAAAAUAUCAAUUUACGGAAAAGAAACAAGAUAGAGAAUUUGUUCUUAUUUCCACAUUCACAAUCAAGUCAAUUUAAUAAUUCUACGAAUUUAUCACAAAAAUGUUUAAAUGGUAAUAAUGCGUCAUACGAAUAUUAUACGAAUAAUUGUUAUGCUUCUAAAAUUAAAGUUGAAGAAAAAUAUGUCUGCUUUUUUUGUUUUACUUCCUUAUAUAUUCAUAAUAAAGUACGUAGUUUUAUAAAUUGGCCCAAAGCAGAAUGCACACUUUUUUUGUUACAUGAUAAUAAAAUUCGAAAAAUUGAAGCAAAGUUAAUUAAAACAUCCUAUAAUUUACCAAUUUCUCAAAAUGAUAAUAUUUAUGAACAUACCCCAUUUAAUACAAUGGAUGAUCACAAGUGUUUUGAUGGCAUUCCUCGAAAAUAUGCAAUAGUCGAUAAAGAAUCCAUAAACAUUUUAUGCAAAAAUAAUACUUUACUAAAAAUUUACAAAUUACAACGAAAAAAUAAGCAAAUUGUGGAUGCCAUAACAUUUGUUAAUAGCAUUAAUCGUGGAGUUAUAUUAUAUUAG